ACAGCCUCCCUGCACGCUAGUUGCUCCAGCGCUGCUGACCAAGUGGCUAGACUGGCCUGUCCCAGAGCCAUGGCAAAGAAUGGACUUGUCAUUUGUAUCCUGGUGGCCAGCUUACUCCUGGACCAGACCAAUAGCUACCCAUCCAGAGUGAAAGCCAGGAAACAUAGCAAACGCCGUGUGAAAGAAAAGGAUGGUGACCUGAAGUCUCAAGUUGAAAAGCUGUGGCGAGAAGUGAAUGCCCUGAAGGAAAUGCAAGCUCUGCAGACAGUCUGUCUUCGAGGCACCAAAGUCCAUAAGAAAUGCUACCUUGCUUCAGAAGGCCUGAAACACUACCACGAAGCCAACGAAGACUGCAUUUCCAAGGGAGGAACCCUAGUUGUCCCCAGGAAUUCCGACGAAAUCAACGCCCUCCGAGACUAUAGUAAGAGGAGUCUGCCAGGUGUCAAUGACUUUUGGCUGGGCAUAAAUGACAUGGUCACAGAAGGCAAGUUCCUCGAUGUCCAUGGAUUCGCCGUCUCCUUUCUCAACUGGGACCGUGCCCAGCCCAGUGGUGGCAAGCGGGAGAACUGUGUUCUGUUCUCCCAGUCAGCUCAGGGAAAAUGGAGUGACGAGGCCUGUCGAAGUAGCAAGAGGUACAUAUGUGAGUUUAUCAUCCCUUAGCAAGCCCCUCCCAAAUAUACCUUCCAAGUAAGACUGGUCAUGAUAAAUAAGCUGGUAGUCACCCUAAUUAGGCAAAAUUACACUUAUUAAUUGCAAGAUUACAAUGCCAGUAUUGAUAUCCACAGGUAUAUAGAGUCAGACCAUGUUUCUACUAUAGCUCAUUGUGAUGUUAUCCUUCAUGUAGCAAAGGGGAUCAGAAAAGAAUGACCCAUGGUAAGAAAGGGACUUCUAAAAAUGGGCUGUCAAAUCCCUUUCCCAUUCUCCUCAUCCAUCUCAGGUGGAUAGGCCUGGCCUGUUUGAGAAAUAUAAAAGCCAUGUGUUUCUUCAAGACGGGAAAGCAAGAUGGGGCUGCCUGGAAGAUUUCUCCUUAAAAUUUAGUCAUGAUGGAAAGACAUUUUGAGAAAUUUGUCAUUGGUUAUUUUUCAGUUGUGUGAAUAUUGUAGUAUGCCCUACAUGAACUCUUAAGUUGUAGGGUAAAACUUCAGGUGGCCUCUAAAUGCCCUUAAGACAAGUAGUAGACACAAGCUAUGUGAGGAUUCCGUUGGUCUAACAUGACAGGCUUUCACAAUAUAGUUCUCUUUCUAAGUACAAACACAUAAUCAAAAACAGUUGAAAACCCAGUGAAGUAUACUAUCUUUCCAUCACUAUAAUAAGAUAUCUGACACAGACAUAUAUGAAGCAAUCUGACAUAUAUUUAGCUUGUAGUUUUAGUGGCUCAAAGUCAAAGAUUAAGCAACCCCUGUGACUCGGCCAAUGGUGAGGUUGGCCGAUCAUUAGCAGGAACUAGUGGUAGCAUCUCGAACCAGAGCAGAAAUAGAGAUGGCAAGCAGGGUCUCCUUUCCAAGGUGUGUCCCCAAUCAUCCAAGGACACCCUAGACGGAUCCACCUCCUUAAGGUACACAAUACCUUUCAAAAUUGUCACAUCAGGGUCCUUGAGGGGACAGAAGCAAUCAAAUGAUCUUCAGCUACAGUGUAUGAUAAACAUAUAAACCAACACACUGUCAUUUAUUAUUGUUACCAAGUAUUACACGUUGUGCUUAAUCAUUGUGUUAAACUUUAUGACUAGUGGUGUGCUAGAUUUGUUUUUAGCACUGUCACCAAGAACACACAUAGUGCUACAUAUAAUUUGCUACCUGAGAACACCAAAAAUGUCUCUAGGGAACAGAAAUUUUUCAGCUCCAUCACAGCCCUUGGGACUACCGUCAAAUAUACAGUCUAUUAGUGGUCAAAAUGUUGUGCAGUGCGUGGAUAUAGUUGGUUGAUAAGACUGUCCCAAGUUGGAGGUUCUAGGUGCUAUAUAAUCCAUAACCUUUCUAACACAAUGUUUAAUUUCAUCCACCCUGUUAGCCUAUGGUCCUUGCUUUCAGAUGUCACAUCCCCUGUUGGGACGUGGAUCCUGUCUAUGACAUCAGAGCAGGAAUGUCUAAAGAGGUUCUCAUCUAACUCUUCAAAAUUUCCCACUCCAGCUUUCUUGGAGGGUCUCAGUCAAGACCGCCUCCCCAAAGUGAGUCAACAUAUUUGAUCAAUUUCUGCUCUCAGCAUUCUAUAACAGCUUCUAGCCAAUAUACAACACUAAGGCAGGAGAAGGGCAGCAGGUGGUGAGGACAAAGAAUAGAUCAGAGAAAGAUAAGGCAGGGCUGGGGUGCAGUUCAGUAGGUAGAGUGCUUGUCUACCAGGCAGGAAGAUGUGGCUUCACAGGAACAGGACUCUUAAGCCUAUAAUCCCAGCACUGGGGAAGUGGAGGAAAAGGAUUAGGAGUCCAAGGUCAUGCUCUACCAAUUGGACUGCAAGUUUAAAGGCAGCCUACGCUGUUGUACCAGGUCCUGUUUAGACAACAAAAGCAAAGUGCCGCUUUCCCUUCACUUAUGUGUCCUUACAGUCUCCCUUUCUAUGUGAUAACAAUAUUUUUUACUUUCUUUACAUAUAUAUUUCUUCAAUUAUCAUUAUGUAUUUCACUUUAUGAGGGGCAGUUUGUCAUUAGAAGCUAAAAAUUGGGCUUAAAUAAUACUAUUUCAGAGUUACACAUGUGUGCAAUUUUUUAUUCAAACAAUGCUAUUUCCAUUAAAUUGCUUAACUAGAUUUUAUAAAAAUAACUUCAUUGCUUAAAAACAGCAGCAUAAAUUUAAGGCUUAGGGGAAAUGGGUUUUGGAGAAAUAAACAAUUCAGAAUAUAUUCUAUCCUUCAAGUAAAUAUCUUUUCUCUUUUGUGAAUAAUGUUUUGCUCCCAAGAGCCGAAUUGCAUAUGCUUAGAAUUAAAUUUUAGGUUUGCUUUUUCAUUGCACAAUAAAGCCCCAAAUCUGAUCAG